UCUCUCUCUCUCUCUCUCUCUCUCACACACACACACACACACACACGCUCUAAACACAUUAACCUACAGUGAAACAACAGGGUGGGAGAUAACUACUGCACAUCGCGGAGCUUCGGUGCGGGCAGAACGAACAUCCUCCCCCGUCCCUCCGCGGCGCCCUUCGCCCUGCUGUAGAGGCUGAUGCUGACCGGGAUUUAACGGCCCGCGUAUAUAGCCGAUCUAUUAAGUUGAGAGGAUGAUUUGACAAGGAUGCCUUGAGGGGAAACGAGCAGGAGAGAGGCAGAAAAUGGAUAACAAAGGGUGGUGCUCACUAACACUUAGCCAGCUGUCCUGCUGAAGCAAACACCAGUGAAGUCUACCUUGAGGAUACUAGACGGUGGUCCAUUUCUGCUAACCUGUGGGGGAACUUUUCACACUGAGCCACGUGACUGGCUAUCACAACGCCGCUCAGAGCGGACUACAUACAGUACACACUCAUUGGGCCUUGCUGCUUCUGAAGAGCAUCUGUGUGAACUGAAAAGGAAGCGAUUAAACAUUAGAGAGUGAGGCGGAAACAGAGGAAAGGAGAAAGAAGCAUCUGAACCUAACUCUUACAGCCUGUAUUCUGCACCGGGCCAAACUAUAGAUCACAGCCUCAAACAUACUCAUUACCAUCACUGAACUGUGAAAUUGAUGUUGUUAUAACUGUAAUAAUACAACUAAUAAUCGUAAGGACUCUUUGCUGGAUUUUUUUGAGCCUUGGAAAUCCCACUUAUUCUCUUCUUGCUGCUCAUUAAUUAAAACCAUUACCUGGUUAUUCAAAGCAAGUGUAGCACGGCACUAUUACUAUUUUUGCGUGACCCACUGCGUAUCCAUGAUUAUCCAGGAUUCCUUUUGACUUCGAAGAAGGACCCUUGAGCCCUCAACCGUCUUUUGACUAUCUGCCCAACUGUAGCAUUUUGGUGUGGAGUGGUGGUUUCAGAAUUAGGCCUCUGGACGCUCGAUGAAGAUGACUUGAGUUGGCAGGCCUAAAAGCCCCUUACCCCAGAGAGAUAAAGAGAGAGCGCUUGGCAGUAGGACACACACAACACACAAAUGUGGGUGCCGAAGCGGCUUUGAGCCAUGCUGGUGUUGCUACUCGUGGAGCCCUGGAGUACAGGCCAUCAUCAUCCCUAUCAUCAUUCACCCAAGCUGAGGAAGAUUCAACGGCCCAGAGGAGCGAGGCUACACUUGUGAACGAUUCAAAGACUGGGAAACUGCGCUAACACACAGAGAUCCACAGCUACAUCCUUAAUCACAAAUACAUACACACUAAUACUCCUCUCCACAAAUCUUUGAUACAGGAAAAACAAAGCUGCGGCGGACGUGAAAGCACAGAGACUGAGCAGGAGCUGUGCACCAACAUGGCAGCUGAGAGUCUUGCUGAGCUCCGUGAUUGGCUCUUUCUGCUCCUCCUGUGCCUCACCUUAUUGGCUGAGGUGCUAGAACUGGCGGCAGCGGCAAUUGCCAUGGAGACGGGCGAGGGAGAUGAGGGCAUUGUUUGUCCCUCAGUGUGCCGCUGUGAUGAGGGUUUUGUCUACUGCAAUGACCGUGGCCUCAGUAUAAUUCCUCCACUACCAUUAAUGGCUGCCAUCCUCUACUUGCAGAGCAACCGGCUGAGUAACGCUGGCCUGCCUCCCUCACUGGAACGCAGCACUUCCAUACGAGUGAUUUACCUGUAUGCCAACCAGUUGGAUGAAUUCCCUAUACACCUCCCGCCUUCUCUACGGGAGCUCCAUUUGCAGGAUAAUAAUAUACGAACGUUACCGAGAUCAGCUCUGGCCAAGUUACCAUUACUAGAACGUUUGCACCUGGAUGAUAACUCUAUAUCCACAGUUAGCAUCCAGGAGCGAGCUUUUUCUGGGACUCCACGACUACGACUGCUGUUUCUGUCUCGGAACCAUCUAUCAAGUAUCCCUGCAGGUUUGCCAGCAUCCUUGGAAGAGUUGCGACUGGACGACAACAGAAUCAGCACCAUCCCCACACAUGCCUUCCGUGGGCUCUCUUCCCUGCGACGCUUGGUCCUGGAUGGGAACCUGUUGGCCAACACACGCAUUGCAGAUGACACCUUUUCCCGUCUCUCCAACCUUACUGAGCUGUCACUGGUCAGGAAUGCCCUGCAGUCUCCGCCAGUCUACCUACCUUCGGCUCACCUCGUGCGACUCCAUUUGCAAGACAACGGAAUGACUCACAUACCACGGGGGGCACUGGACGGGAUGCGGCGGCUACAGAGGCUGGACCUGUCAGGAAACAAUCUGACCACUCUCCCACGAGGACUUCUAAAAGACACAGAAAGCCUGGAGCUGCUGCUGCUGCGAGGAAACCCCUGGUACUGUGGCUGCAACCUUCGCUGGCUCCAUGCAUGGCUGCACAGCCGGGGGGCAGCAGUGACAGUCAGGGGUCUGACCUGUCAGGGGCCCGAGCCUGUAAGGGGCCAGGCCCUCAGAGAACUAACCUCUCUGAUGGAGCAGUGUGAAGGCCCCCCUGCUGGUCCCAGUACUGGAAUGGGGGUCAACCCAGCAGAAAAAGAUGGAGGAGGUGAAGAUGGUGUUGGAGGGGGCCAAGCAGUGGAUUCAGUCCCCCAUGGCAGCAGCACAACUACCUCUCUACUAGUCCCCACACAAGGUUCCCUCUUCACCCUGCGAGCCAAGUGGCCAGGCCUUGUUAUGCCUCUGCCUCCCGGUGAAGGAGGACAAGUAUCUGGAGAGGCACUGGAGCUGUCUGUAAAACCUCUCUCUUCGGACAGUGUAUUGGUGAGUUGGCUGUGCCCACAGCCAGCACCUUCCUUCCGCCUGUCGUGGCUGAGGUUGGGUAGCAGUGCAGCUCUUGGUUCCAUAACAGAGACUCUGGUACCUGGAGAGAGGAGGCAGUACCUCCUUACUCAGCUUACCCCACGCUCCCAUUACCUCAUCUGUCUACUGCCACUACGACAGGAAUCUUCCUUUGGGGGUUCCAGCAUGGGUUUAUCACGAGCUGGCAGCAUGGACACGGACAGUAAAGAAACGUCCCCGGCCUGCGCUCAGAUAGAGACUGGAGAGGCUCUGGUCAGCACCGGGGGGGAGGGGUCAGAUAAAGAGGGACAGGACUCAGAGCUAACAGUCCUGCCGUUGGCUGGGAUCAUAGGGGGGGCCACAGCAUUAGUAAGCCUGCUGUUAAUCUUUGGCAUCUUCUGCUGGUAUGGACAGAGAGCAGGUUAUGUGUCUGGGGACUCAUACAGCAGGGGCCGGGGUGGAAAACCUUACGAUGACUAUGUAGAGUCAGGCACCAAGAAAGACACUUCCAUCUUAGAGAUCAGGGCCCCUCCUGCAGGGUUUCAGAUGACAGCUAUGGCCCAUCAGCCCCUGCAGCCUAAGCUGGAGGAUGUCACCUACAUCCACACCAUUUUCCCCUCUUCUUCUUCUUCGAACCAAGCUAAUGGGACCUACCGGAGCAGCCACGCAGCCGGCAGCCUGAAUGGCACCAUCCUCAGCCAAACCAGCCACCAUCAUGUUACUUAUGGUACCAACCGUGGCUACAGAGAGGGUGGCAUUCCCGACAUAGAUUAUGCCUACACGUGAUAAUACAGGGACACACUCCCUGAGCCACGAUUGCCAGGUGCCAUUUCUAUGAUGACAACCUCUUGGCUGGUGGCCAUUUUGUUCUUGGUUUCCAAAGUACCCUCUGUGCCUCUGCUGGUUCAAUUCUGAUUGGUUUGCUAAGUAGAAAUGACUGAUUUCAGCUAUGUUGAUUGGACAUCGCUAUUAAGUGACAGAAGUAACAGUCCUACUAUAUUCUACUACUGUAUACUACAUUAUACAGUAGGUCCUUUCAGCGCAACUUAUAGUUAUAAAUGGUUAUGUUUUCUCUUUUGGAUAUCUCAGUGUCUUUCAAACCUACUGUUCUUCUCAGCUCAUAAUAAUACACAGUAACUUAUUUGAGGUUGAUAUACUAGGCUUAGCUGAUUUAGCAGGAUAUAUAUUUAUAAUAUGAGGAAAAGGCACUUGAUGUGUAUAGAGAUAGCUCUCAUAUCUUCCUACCAACUAUGAGCUCUGUGCUGUAUAAAUAAAAGGGAUGACAGAGGGAUACAUCAAUGGUUGUUAUAACCUACAGAUGACAAUGCAUCAUGGAUGACAUGAAAAGAUGUGUUCCUAGCCCCCUCCUUUUCCUCUAGUUUACUCCCCUCCUUUUUAAUUUUUCCUCUUUUCCGCCUCUUUUUUUUUUGCUGAGGCUCUUUCCUUUUAUUUCUCUCGUGUCUUUUGUGGUGCCGUGAGCAGAGGACGACUUUGUUCUCGCCAAGGGAGCUGACAGCAGUGAUAACAGUUCUGACAAGAGACGGGAGACACAAACCACAGCAUGGGGAGACUAAUGAGAGGGAGAGAGACCGAGAGAGUGGGGGGGCGGGGUGGGGGGGUGAUGGAUGGAUGGAUACAAAAUAAGACAAGGAGAGAGAGAGGGGUGCUGUUUUGGGCAUGGAGGCACUGACAGAGGUGUGUUGGCUUAAGGCAGAGAGCAAAAUGAGAGAAAAAAAGAAGUUAAGUUAAAAAAGGGCGUGUGACAAAUGCCGCGGCAGGAGGUAAAAAAGCAGACAAAAGGAAAAGAAGAUGGGGGAUCGAGAAGGGCGCGGUCGGGGUAAAGAAGAGGGGCGACAACUGGAAUAGUGUGACAUUAUCAACCAAAAAUGUUUUACCCAGAGUGUAUCCACUACUGCAAUCAGCAGAUACCACAAGGACUGAUGUUUUCAGUUGCCUGUGAUCAAUAUUUUUUGUGUAGGUUCCACAUUAUUUGUCAUGUAUCGUCAUCAUAACACAGACCCAUUUACAUUUAAGAGAGGAAUUGCAAGACAAUCGGAGAAAAACGAUUGCCAAGACCACAGGACAAAUGAGUAGCUUUUGAAGAACGGCUAUUAAAAAUCUCUCCCUCAGAAUUAAGAAAAAGUACUGCAUGUACCCAAUUUCUAUUGUGGUCUGGUCUCCUUAUUAAAUUAUCUUUGCAAAUGAAGUGAAGAAACCUAAUCAUACAUCUUAUAAUAGUAACCCUAAUUCUAAUUGAGUUUUAGAAGCUAAUCAUUUUUUUGGUGGAAAUCAGAACUACUUACUGCCUAAAUACUCUUUGCUAAAAUUCACUCAUAACAAUCUAUCUUUUCAAUUUCAUUCAAAAAGUUUGAACUGUUUUAACUGGUAUUUAAAGUUCAACAUACAAGACAGUAAGAGUGGGCAAUAUGGACAAAACCAUCUAUCAUAGUAUAUGUACUUUUAUAUUGUGAUAUGUAUAUGUAUUGGGACAUAGAACUUGGGAUAUAUUGAUUGGAAAACUAAUUAUAAAGCCAAUUACCAAAUUAUAGUACUUCAUCACAUUGAUGCAAAUGAAAUUGCAAUAUUGCCAUAAAGUAGUUAUGCUUUUUUUUUUUUUUUUUUUAUCUGUAACAGAAUGACCGUAUACAACCAGAGAUAUUAAUGUGAGAGUUUUCAGAAAACUAAAAGAUUAGUCUAUUACAUUGAUCUACAGAAAAUGAAUACAACUAUUUUGAUAAAUGACAUUCAUAAGUCCUUUUCUAAGCAAAAAUGCUGAUAAAAAAAAUCCUUGUUUCAGCUUCCCAAUUGUGAGUAUUUGUUAGUCUUAUGUGAUAGUAAAGUGAAAAUCUUUAUGACUGGACUGUUAGUUGGAUGAAACAAACAACAGCUUAUACACCAGACAAUUAAUCAAUUAAUUGAAAUAUACAGAUUAAUCACACAGCCACACAGAAUGGUAUUCUCACAGUAUCUGUCAUCAUAUUUCCCCACCCUACAAGAGGGCAUCUGAAUUUGGAGUCAUUUAAGUUGAAGGCAAAGUUAGUCAAAAAUAUUACUUUAAAAGAGCUGAAAUUUCAAACUUGAUAUGAAGCAUUGUGUUAGGAAAAGUACAUUAGUUGACUCAGGUCGUCCAGUUUUAUAGGUCGUAGUACAGCAUAGACAGUUCUGUGAUCAGGGAUCACAGCCUGACCGCUACACUGUGCAUCUCAACAGAAAAACAAGCAUAAUACACACCGCAUGAAAAAGGAACCUGCUUUCUGACUGCCUCUCAAUGACCCCACUAAUAUUAUUUAAGGGAGGAGGAACUUCAAAGGAAAACGCUAACAAACAGCCAGAGAUCAAAAGAGGAAGAGGAGAGGGUAGAGAGGGAAAAUAGACAGAAGGAUGGGGAUGAGUGAGAUAUAUAUAUAUAUAUAUAUAUAUAUAUAUAUAUAUAUAUAUAUAUAUAUAUAUAUAUAUAGAGCCUGUAGGUGUUCCAUUCUUACUUUGAGUAGCUCUCUCUCUUUUCCAACCUGUGUUACUGUGUAUCAGUAAUAUUGGAUGAGUUUUGGUGUGUUUUAGUUUUUUUGCUGCAUUUGUUUUGGUUUUUUAAGAGCACUGAAGCUUCCUUUCAUUCUGUGCAGAAAUCCUUUUUCCUUUAAAAAUGUCACCUUCAGAUGUGAUAAUGAAAACACUGUUAUGUAUAAACAUAAAAAUGGGUGCAAAAUGCUAUUCCAUUCAUUGGUCGUCUUUUUUUCUACACAGAUGAAUAAAGACUUCUAAAAGGAAAA